AAAAAAUGUUGUGUUAAUGCAAAUCUCCCAAAUGUCUCUUUAACUUAAACAUCAAACUAUGUCCAGAGCAAAGGGAUAGAGUUCCCAUUGUUCAGUGCUUGCAUUGGAAACAUGCUGAGUAUAUUUGAAAUAUCCCAGGAGGACCCACUUCCAUUUGCACAAAUUUUGAAUUCUCUGGAACGGCGCAUGAGAUCUCUACCAAAUUUAGACUGCCCAUUCCUGACAAGAAAUUAACUGCGCGUGACUUUCAAGUUUUUCCUGCCCAGAUGUACAUUUCUGGAACUGGAACAAUCUAACCUGCCCGUGCGGAGAACGGGCCAGUGAGCUAGUUUUUAUUAUACAACCAGUGUCUGAGUUGGAAAUUUUUUUAGAGAGUAGAGAAGUUGUAAAAUUAGUUGUGCAAGAGUGUGAUUAUGAAAACUGGAUAAUGCUUAACCAAAAUUGGAGUUUUGAGUUGUUUGUUGAAAGGGCAAGCAUAUGGUUUUGUACAUUCAAUUUUGGAAUGUGUUUUGUGCAGAUCUGGAACUGUAGACAUUUGAGUUACCGUUUUUGCUCGUAAUAACGCUCUGGGCAUAUAGAAAAGAAAUGCUUUUUUUGGGCAUAUGCUAGGGCAUGGGCGUUAUUUUGGUUCCAGGCAUACACAUGGUCGCAAAAUGCUGUCGUUUGGCCAGUCACCAUCUAAACACUUGAAGACACAAAUACCACAAAUGCUUGCAAUUAUCCGUUUGCAAGAUCAAAGGUACUGGUGUAUCUGUACAGCAUCAGCAUACACGCAGAAACUAGACACUAGACACGCACACAGGAGACUCUGAGUGGUCGGCCUGAAGCCUGUCAAAAGCAUCAGGAUCGGUAAUUGCAACGAAGACAUGAGUCUAGCGGCCCAAUCCGUAUUGCAAGGUCGCUCACGGAGUGUUAUAGUGCGAGAAUUACAACGAACUAAUCUUGAUGUCAACAUGGCUGUCAACAAUUUACUAAGCCGGGAUGACUCUGAAAUGGAGGACGAGGAACACCAGGACACUCUCAUGCCUGGAGGGUUCUGUGUAGCUGAUGAGUUGAUAUCAUUCCUUGACUCUCACCACUCUAUGGCCAUUCCAGUUGAAGAGUCUUCAAUCAGUCUAGAUCAUGAACAAAUGCUGUCCGAUACAUCAGAUCCAUUUUCCUUUUCUGGCUUGUCAUCAAGUCACAGACGAGCAAGACUUGACAGAGACAAUGAACGGAAUACAGGUAGCAUUCAGAGAGGUGUGUCCAGUCCAGUCCUUGCAAGAAGUUGGGCUGCAGUUGUUGACAGUGACAGAGAUAGGGAAAGUAGGGAUGAGGCAGAAAACGAUGUGACAGCAGGAAGAAAGAGACGGAAUACUGGUAGUCACUCUGAUAGCAAAGAAUCUGUUGUGUUUAAUGAGGAAUUGGAAUGGUGGCCUUUUCAUGAGGAAGGACUGAAUGAAUUUAGUCAUAUUGCAUCUCUUUCUUCUGAGCUGUUGGCUGUUAGUGCAAGAGGAGAACUGUGUUAUUGGCGAUGGAAUGCUUCUCAGCCACAUGAUAAGAAAGAAUCUGGGUCUUCUGUAUUGUUGGAAUUGGAUAAUGAGGUUAUCACUGAGUUAGCUGCAUCUACAGUUAGAGCUGUUGUUGUCACACAAUCUGCCAAGUUUGUCACAUGGUUAGACGAGAGUGUGAGGUGCAAGUCAGAGUCAUUGUCUAGACUUGAGAAUUGUCUUACUUGUCUUCCUGAUUCCUCUGCUGUCGUAUCAUUGCAAACAACUGAUCUCUUCUCAUGCAUUCAGUUCUCAUCUGGUGCAAUUUAUUGGUGGGGUGUUUUGCCAUAUGAGCAAUGGGUGAAAAAGAUCACCAAGACAAAGAGUGAAAUGAGGAAGAGUCAAAUUAGACAUUCUAAUGCAGCUGGAGCUGGAAUAUCUGUUGGCUCUCAAGUUGUUACUAGAAACAGUCCACUGUUUCGAGCCGGCUCUGUUGGUGUUUAUUGCUCUGAGCAGGAAGUUGGAGAGCUUAUUGAACCAGUUUGGACUUACAGUGAAGAGUGCACAGUUAGAGUGUUUACUGGAGGCGCAAAAGUGCAAAAUAGAGAGCCUGAAAGUAUGACUGUUCAUGUUGGUAUGAAGCGUCGUCACUCAAUGACUGAGUGUGAUGGUAGUGAAUCUGAUAGAUACGAAGUGUGGAAACUGAAAGAUGUUGUUAUUGUGGAGGAAUUACAAGAUGAUGUGCAGACAGGACAUGUAAUCAAGGUUGAUGGUCAUUAUGCAAUGGUGUAUUUUCCAUCAGCAGAUGAAACAGGCACCUCAAAUGACUUUGAUCCAAUGAAGACACUAGAACAUUCAAGACUUUUGAGAGUAGACGAACUGCAAUUGGCAGGAGAUGGUGACAACAUUUCUAAUUCUAUUCCACAACGAAUUCAGAAAACACCUCGUAAACUGAAGUUCUCAUCAGAGUGUAAGCCAGUUACAUUUACUCUAACCUCCGAUGGAAUCUGUGUUCUUGUGAGACACCGCCAUUUGUCAUUUCAUUGCUGUUUUUUUCAUUUGGAUUCUGGAAGAACAAAACAUCUUGGCUCAUUUCCAGUGUCUCCCAUGUGUAUGUCUCCUUCUAGUUCAUUAAACAAUUUAUCUCAUAUUUCACUUUACACUGGGCAUUCUGAUCAUCUUGUAAUGAAAGAUGUCAAUGAUUGUAUUGUUCCUCUUGUGAAAGAUUGUUUGCAUGGAGUGAGAGAACCACAGUGGCUGGACCUUCCUCCUGUGAAAGGUUUCUGCAUGAAUGUAAUUAACAGAAAAGGCAAGAGCUUGUUGCCUGUUCAGCUUAUUGUUCUGGCUAUGAAGGAUCAGCUGCUUAUGCCUCAUGUCUUACGUUGUGAUUAUGACCAAGUCAAGCAGAUACUUCACACACUUGGGACAGAAUGCAGUCCUGAUGUACUUGCAGCUACUUUGCAGCGUGUGCUUAGUGAGAAAACCAGUGGCAAUAGGAACAUCUUUCAUGCAUGUGUGUCUAUGUGCUAUCCAAUGGCAGCGAAAGAAAUUGGAACAGUAGGAGAUGUGUCUUCAGUUGGAGGCCCACUCUCCUAUGAGACGACAUUUGGUCUAGUUGAUGAUAAACAACUAACGUCUACUUCUGCUGGCCUUACUCUUGAUGCUUUGACAACAACUUCAAAUUCAACUGCAGCAAGUCUUGUUUCUAGUGUUAUUGGGUUGAGAGAAGUGGCACGUCGUGCUUCACAGGCUGCAAGGAGUGGUGGGCAGACACAUUCUUCUGUAAUGUCAUCUGGUUUAGGAGAGGGAAUGGAAACCGAAGAAGCAACACAACCACUUACUCCUCCUCCUGGUAGUAUGAUGAACAACUUGUAUCCUGAACCACCACCACCACCUUAUGAAAUGGAAUAUGGUGAUGAAGACACAUUAAGUGUGGCUAGUAAUCCAUCUCUUUCAACAGCUGCAGCUACAGCAGCUGGACUCACUUCUUCUCCAUCUAGCACAUCAUCUUGCUCUUCUUAUGCUCCUGCCAUGUUAUCUAGUAACGUGAUCAGUCGGCGCCCUCCGGCAGUAAUAACAGAUCCUGCAGAGAGAAAAGGCAAUGCUCUACGCUGUCUUAGUCUCAUGUGCGAGAGUCGAUUACUUGCUCCACAGCUGAAGUGUUUACUUUCAGAGAGAGAUCUUGAAGGCUCAACUCCAUUUAUGAGUGCUGUAAAAGGUCGUGCAUACUCUGCAGCAUUAACUCUGCUUGAUACUGCCAAAAGAAUCGCACACAUAGAGACACAAGAUUCUUCAGUGUCUACAGACACUGAAGUUUUGAUGAGCAUGAUUUGUCCUGAUGGAACCCUACCAGAUGACUCACCACUCUAUGUUCUCUGCUGCAAUGACACGUGUUCAUUCACAUGGACAGGAGAAGAGCAUAUUUCGCAAGCUAUUUUUGAAUGCCAAACAUGUGGCAUCACAGGUGCUUUAUGUUGCUGCACAGAGUGUGCCCAAGUGUGUCAUAAGGGGCACAAGUGCAAGCUGAAAAAAUCUACUCAUUCUGCAUAUUGCGAUUGUUGGGAGAGAUGUCGGUGUCGAACUCUAAUUCCUGGUGAGCAGACUACGAGACUGCAACUUCUCAAACGUCUUCUGAGUGAGACAACAUUGGUGCAGCGACCAAAUGGAAGUGGCCAGCACCUUUUGUCAUUUCUCAUUACAACAAUGGCUCGUCAGUCUCAAGAGCAACGACAGUGCCGCUUGCCAUCAGACCAUGAGAGAGAUGAAGAAAGACAAGCGGGAGGCAAAGGCAAAGACAAGACCAGUGGAACCCCAGAGACUGGUUUUGAGCCUCCCAAAUUUGUCAGACGAGCACUUGAAUGUUGUCUUCAAGACUGGAAUUCUAUGAGGACAAUGCUAUUAGCUGGUGUUGAAGAUGGGAGAAGGCAUUGCCCAGGUGCUGUGUUUGAUCCUGGCGAUAUUGUUUCUCUUCUCAGUGUGAAUGAACAGGACAAGUUUCUCCAGUCACAGAGUGGAUCUGUAAGGCUUGACAGUUUUGUCUACACAAUGGCAUCAAAAGGAUCAGUUGAGCUCCUUGACACAUUGUUGAGAAGUUUAGUGAGACUGCUCAAUCAGGCAAGUAGCAUUUCUAUAAAAGCAGACAUCACAAUGUGUGCAAGACGAAUGCUGCGGUCAUUUAUACGAGUAUUUGUUAUCGGAGCUUUACAAAUGCCAGUUGGUGGACGAAGAAGAAUUUUCUCUAGUUUUAUGAUAAAAUGUCAACGUGUUUUCAAAAGCCUACCUUGUUUAGCUGUUGAAGAAUUGACAUCUAUUGCUCUUGCUCUUAUUACUCCUGUUUGCCUUGGCGUCACACAAUCUCUAGAUCCUCGAGUUUUAGGGGGAGACCAGCUAAGUAUUGCACAUGAUUUGUUUAACAUUGAACCUCUUUCUCAGAGAGCAGCAUCCCACAAAGGAAAAGUAAAGAUUAGACAGAGGGAAGAGAGAGGACGACAUCAAGAAGUUUCUGAUGAGAAUAUGCAGUGGGUAGGUACCCAUGACAACCGCCAGACUGUAGAUACUCAAGUCCGGCAGUUAGAAAGUCAGCCUGAUGGUCUUAUGUCUCGUUCAGAGACCCAGAUUUCAGGAGCAGAAAGUGACAGCGAUAGUAGUGAUGGAGAUGACGGAGACAAGGACUCUGUGAGGACAACCACAAGUGGCACACGAAUAAUGAGAAUGGUCAGAGAUCUGGAAGGUGGGCUCAUGAGUCUGAAUGACGACUUCCGAAUUGAGAGUGAUGGUGAAGGUGAUGAUUUCAAUGAUGAAGACAGCUACACUGAUAGCUCUAGUUAUGUUGAUAUUAACCAAGAUCUUUCAAGUACGUUGACUGGACCUGCUCCAUCUAGGAACAACACACAGUCGCACCCUCCUUCUGGCUCAUCAUCAAUGCAGUGGGCACUUCCUGAUUAUUCUAAUCAGACAUCACUAAAUUCAUCAGCACCAGUAACAGCAGCUCCACCAACUUCAAGGCAUAGUAACUCAGGCAUUGCUACUGGCAACAAGCAGGCAUCGACAGCAAAAGCCAAUCAGUUUGAAGCACUUACUUCCUCUAGUGCAUUGGCUCGUGUUUUUAGUCUUUUAAUGAGAGAAAUAGCUGAUCUUAUUGUUACUAUUGAUUCAUGUACCAAUGAAUCAAACAUGGAGUAUGCCAUGCCUACUAAGACUGGAGACGCAGAACAAGCUCAUAAUUAUGUGGUAACACAACUAAAGUGGGUAUGGGACUGGGUUUGUUGCAUCAUGGAUUCUAUUGAAUGUCAACUGAGGUUUGGAGCAUCUCUUGCCAAUUCUACUGAGCAGCUUCACUCUGCUCAAUCUUCUACUCUUUCUCAACCGCAAGCUCAGUCUGCAGCUUCUGUGAAUGAUAUGAUGUCUGCCAUGCAGGAAGAUUCGUUGCUGGCUGCAUGGAGCGCAGGAAAUCAACUACCUGGCAUCUCAGCUAUUAAAUCAAGUAGUACUGCUGUGUCUGGAACAACGAUUUCACAAGGAGAUGACAGUGUGGUGAGGCAACAGCGAUUGUUUAUGCAGUACGUUCUCACAUUGAUGAGAAACGAAAGUUUAGAAGGGGGUGAUACACUGCCUACCGUUGAUGUGUCAGAGAUGAAGCAUGUAGCUUAUGCCCUUGAUGCUUUUGUUUAUUUUUUGCGAAAUGACCCUUUGUUUGAUGGUGAUAAUGAUGCACCAAGGAAAUUGACUAUGUCUCAAGACUGUACAUCACCGUCCUCUUCAAGAACUAAAAAAAGUUAUCGUAAACGCCCUUUCUUUCGUCGCACAAAGUCGACAACUCAUCUGGGUUGUGCAGCACCUGAUCCUUUGUCUCCAAUGACAUUAGCAUUACCUUUAGCUGAAAGACCACAUCUAUUACAGCCGAAUGCUAAGCGAGAAGUACUGUUUGGUUCAUCUGUAAGUGAGGCGUCUAGUGGCUUGCAAACUGGUUUGCCUCCACUCUAUGAGGCAUCAGGACUAUGCAGGAGAAUUACCAGCAUAUUUUCAGAGAAGACAGUGCCAAUCAAACAACCAAGAGCUAGUAGUGAAUCAAAAGAGACACAUAUUGUUAUACUUUCUGCUCUUGAUAUGGCUACUGUUGCAACUCGCUGGCGUCUUAGUUUUGAGCUGUUUGGGCGAGUUUUCCGAAGUAGUGUUGGCCAGGAAAAUGAGUCGAUCUUGACAGAACUUGGUGGUUUUGAGCUGAGAGAAAGUCUAUUUAGACAAGAAAUGGAAAAGGCACGUAACUCAGCUACACGUGAUUUGUCAUUAGAUGUUGAAAGAGAGCGAGGGCUGUUGAUACGGCAAUCAUUUCAGCAACUUAAUUCGUAUUGUGAAAGAAGGCAAGGAGGUGCAGGGCCUCCACUAACAUCACAUCGAGUUAAAGUCUCGUUUAAGGGUGAACCAGGGGAAGGAAGUGGGGUCACUAGGAGUUUCUACACAGCACUUGGAGAAGCUGUUAUUUCUGAUGAGAAACUGCCUUCUUUGGAAGGCAUAUUGGUGAGCAAGAAGUCAGUUCGAUAUGGUCUGAGACAGAAAGACUUUGAGAAUGAGUUAGCACUUGAGAGGAGACGAUCACGUAGUGGAUACAGGUCUUUAGAUCGCAGCAGCCCAACACUAGGAAUGAGGCGUGGACGGGAUAGGAGGUUGAAUUACUGUGCAAGACCAUUUAGUCAUGACUAUGAUGGCAGUCACCCACUGCCACCACACAAGCACGCACUUGGAGAGAGACUGUAUCCAAGAGUUCAGGCAAUACAACCGGAGCAUGCUUCAAGAAUCACGGGCAUGCUGCUAGAAUUACCUCCAGCGCAACUUCUUCUUUUGUUAGCAAGUCAUGAGUCUCUCCAUCGACGAAUUGAAGAAGCCAUGGAUGUCAUUGCUGCUCAUCCAAGAGAGGAACUGUUAAGUAGAAGACAAAGCACAGAUACAAAUGAUGGCGAUGAACUGAAAGACACAAGCUCUGGCUUGGAGGACAGCCAUCCGACAUCAUUUGGUGCAACGGUGGUGUCUGGUUGCACUGAGUUGGAUGAAGAUGAUCCUCUCUUCUUUCAACCCGGCAAGGCUGGGUUUUAUGCACCACGUGUUGGAAAGGACACUCCUACUAGACUCAGUGCAUAUCGCAAUGUGGGAAGAAUCAUUGGGUUAUGUCUUCUUCAUAAUGAGCUGUGUCCUAUCAGUCUUUCUCGCCCUGUCUUGAAGUAUCUUUUGAGAAGAAAACUUUCAUUUCAUGAUCUUGCAUUUUAUGAUCCUGGACUAUAUGAUGGUCUGCGGAAACUCCUUGUUGCUUCACAGUCAGCUAAUGCAGAUGAAUAUUUCUCAGCACUUGGUUUGACAUGUUUGGUCACUCUGAGAACAGAAGAGGGUGGAAGUGUUGUUCAUCUUGUGACUGAUGACAGAGGAGAGAAUGUACCACUGACUGUAGACAAUGUAGAUGACUAUGUGCAGAAAUAUGCUGAGUAUAGAAUGGUGACAUGCAGAGAAAAGUCCUUAGAGGCAAUGGCAAGUGGACUGUCAGAUGUACUUACUUCUUCAUCUCUCUUCUCUUUAACUCCUGAAGAUCUACGGUUGCUACUAAAUGGAUGUGGAGAUGUCAGUGUAGACCAAUUAAAGAAAUACACGUCCUUCAAUGAUGAAACAGCUUGUGAGAGUAGUAGUCUUCUCACCCAAUUUCGCCAUUGGUUUUGGCAAGUGGUUGACAAAUUGAGCAGGAAAGAGAAACAAGAACUGUUAUAUUUCUGGACUUCAAGUCCUGCUUUGCCUUCAAGUGAGGAAGGCUUCCAACCUCUUCCUACUGUCACCAUUCGGCCACCAGAUGAUCAUCAUCUGCCUACUGCAAACACUUGCAUUUCAAGACUCUAUGUUCCACUCUACUCAUCCAGACGUAUACUGAGAACAAAGCUUCGAGUUGCCAUAAAAACAAAGGGAUUUGGAUUUGUGUGAAUUUCUAUUUCUUGAAGUUUAUUUGGACUGAACUGAGAGUUGUGUUGUGUUGUGUACUGGUGAUGUGUUGCUAUCUUGUUGUUGGAACACUGAAGACAUUUCAAUGUAAAGUGCAUCUGAGACAA